AGGAGCUUCGGCGAGACGGUCGCUCUACCGAUGCGCGGUCGGAUACGGAACUCCUCAUGGAUACGGCAAAGUAGCGCGCCGGCGCCUGUCACUCACCGAGCGGAUUUAUUACUCACGAGGAUAGGAUGGGUUUGGUGAUGGGAUGGCAGUGAGCAUGGCCCUUUGUGCAGGCAUAUGGGCCAUUCUCCUACAAUUGGCCCUCUUGCUGUUCUUCUCUCCACCUCCAGGCCACUGCCAAGGUGAAAGGUCCCGCCUACAGUUUACUCAACCACUGUACCAUGCGUCGGUCUACGAGAACUCGGCCGCCCGCACCUACGCUGCCAGCCAGGUGCGCAUGGGCAUCCCUCUCCAACAUCACUCAUGGGAGGUGAGGUACCGCAUCACCUCCGGGGACGAGGAAGGAUUCUUCAAGGCCGAGGAGUACACUCUGGGUGAUUUCUGCUUCCUGCGGAUAAGAACCAAAGGGGUUACCAUUGCGGAAAGCACACCCCUACGCACCAGCAUAGCUCAGGUCACUGCCACGGAUGCCGACAUAGGAUCAAAUGGAGAGUUCUAUUACUUUUUCAAGGAGCGAAUGGAGCUGUUCGCUGUGCACCCGACUAGUGGAGUUGUUUCUCUCAGUGGGAAGCUGGAUGUUGACACUCAAAGCCGCUAUGAUCUUGAGAUCCAGGCUGUGGACCGGGGAAUGAAGCUCUAUGGGAAUAAUGGAGUAAGCAGUACAGCUAAACUUUUUGUUCAUGUAGAACGGAUUAACGAGCAUGUGCCCAUUCUGAGUAUUGUUACAUUAGCACCUGUAUGGACUGAGAAGUCCCCAGUCAUAGCUGUGGUCACCGUAGAGGAUCUUGAUGAAGGGGCGAAUGGAGAAAUUGAAGCAGUGAGCAUUGUGACUGGGGACCUUCUUGAGCUCUUCAGCAUCGAAAGGACAGAGAUGCCAAGUGAAGAAUUGGUGGAUGAGGAAGUCACUCAGAAAGGAUCUAGAGAGUUUGUCCUGCGUGCAACAGAGCAGUUCGACUGGGACAGUUAUCCGUUUGGAUUAAACCUCAGCUUGCAGGCUCGGGAUCGUGGAACACCUCAGAAGUUUUCUGCUGUGCACACGGUGCACUUACGACUGUCACGACCAGCCCCGGCGGAAGUCAUAUUUCAGAAGGACGAAUACGAGGUCCUGUUGAGUGAAGUUGCCCCUCCUGGAACUGUUGUGGAGGCUGUGAAACUCCAGCCAGAGCCAGAUGAUGCUGAGUACAUCCUGACCCCAUCUACUGAUUCGGGGUUCUUCAGUAUCAACACCAUGACUGGCGUCAUCAGCACGGCACGUUGGCUCACCCAACUCACACAGGAAGUAUUUGAGCUAGAGGUCUUAGAAGUAGACAGUGACCUUAGGGUCAAGGUUAGAGUCAUUCUUGAGGAUGCCAAUGAUAAUGCACCGUCAUUUGCUCAGCAGUCUUAUGAGGUAUUUGUCAAUGAAAGUGUUGCGGUAGGCACCACUGUUGUUGUGGUGACUGCUUCUGAUGGUGACCAUGGGGAAAACGGGUACAUCACAUAUAGCAUGGCUAGCUUGACACCAUUACAUUUUAGCGUGCAACAGUUCACCGGAGCAGUCACGACAACACAGGAGCUAGACUUUGAAUCAUCUGUAGAGAGUUUUAGUUUUGUGGUUCGUGCUUCUGACUGGGGUUCCCCUUAUAGGCGUGAGAGUGAAGUCAAUGUCACUGUGCACCUAGAGAAUGUUAACGAUAACAAACCCCUAUUUGAGAAAGUGGCCUGUGUUGGUGUAAUCUCUCGAGACCUUCCGGUAGGUGAGGUUAUCACCACAAUGUCAGCCAUAGACAUUGAUGAGCUAGAGCUAGUCAAAUACAAGAUCCUCUCAGGGAAUGAGCGAGGGUACUUUGACUUAAAUCCCGAUUCUGGUGUCAUGACCUUACAUCACUCCCUAAACACUGCAGCACCCAAAAACUCAUUCAGUCUAAAAAUUACUGCUACAGAUGGGGAACACUUUUCCGAUCCCAUGUUUGUGAACAUAUCUGUAGUGCAAGGGAAGUCACCGCCCAAGAGCUUUAGUUGUACCGAAACCAGAGUAGCCCAACGACUAGCUGAGAAACUUCUGAAGAAAGCCAAAGCUAGCAGUAAACCCAAAAUGGAGGAGGGCUUUAUUGACCUGUUCUCUGUGAACCGACAAACGCCUCAAUUUGACAAAUCCUUCCCAACUGACAUCACUGUGCGUGAGGAUGUACAAGUUGGCACGAGUGUGUUUCAGGUAAAAGCCUUUGAUGGAGACACUGGGUUCAAUGGACAACUCUUAUACGUCAUUGCUGAUGGCAACACAGACAGUUGUUUCAGUAUUGGAAUUCUGAAUGGCGUGAUAAGCAUCUUCCUUCCUCUAGACCGUGAGAGGACAGAUCGCUAUCUUCUAAACAUCACACUGUAUGAUUUAGGCCAACCGCAAAGAUCCUCCUGGAGGCUUCUUACAGUUUACAUAGCAGAUGCAAAUGACAAUGCACCUCAGUUUCUUCAAGACGGCUACCAGGCCCGCAUUCCCGAAAACACCCCUGUUGGUACCGAAGUCAUCCAAGUGGAAGCUACUGACAAAGAUCAAGGUCUCAAUGGCGAGAUCCAGUAUUCCCUACUCACCAGCACAUCACAGUUUGGCAUCAACAGCUCCAGUGGGAUUGUAUAUGUUGCAGGUCAGCUGGACCGUGAGUUUGUUCAGUUCUUCAUAUUAAAAGUGGAAGCGCGAGAUCGAGUAGAGCGAGUGGCUCAGCAAUUUUCAGUAACAACUCUUAAAAUCUAUCUCGAGGAUGUUAAUGAUUGUCCACCAGCCUUUAUCCCAAGUGUUGUUAGCGCCCGCGCACUAGAAGACCUCCCAGUGGGCACUGUCAUUGCCUGGCUGGAUACGCAAGACCCUGACCUGGGACUUGGAGGGCAGGUGCGAUACUCGCUCGCUAACGACUACGAUGGCCGUUUUGAGGUCGACAAGACUAGCGGUGCCAUUCGUCUUACCAAGGAGCUGGAUUACGAAACUCAACAGUUCUUCAACCUAACAGUUCGAGCGAAAGACAAAGGCCGACCGGUGUCUCUCCUGUCAGUUAGCUUUGUUGAACUGGAGGUGGUGGAUGUUAACGAGAACCUGUACGCACCAUAUUUCUCGAACUUCGCCAUGAACGGAUCAGUAAAGGAAAGCGUUCGGAUCGGGACUUCUGUGCUCCAGGUCUCUGCAAGGGAUGAUGACAUGGGAAGGGACGGCGAGGUGCAGUACUCCAUACGUGAUGGCAGUGGUCUUGGGAGAUUCACCAUUGAUGAAGAAACAGGUGUCAUCUACACUACAGAUCUGUUGGACCGAGAGACGCAGGACUCCUAUUGGCUGACAGUGUACGCUACUGAUCUGGGAGUGGUACCGCAGUCAGCAGCACUACAAGUGUACAUACAGGUUGAGGAUGUUAACGAUAACGCCCCCCUCACAUCUGAGCCGAUGUAUCACACCACCAUUCCGGAAAAUUCCCCGAAGGACCAGUCUGUCAUUCAGAUCCGGGCGCAGGACCCUGACGCCACGGCAACCGAGCCCCGCCUGUCAUUCCGUAUCUCCAGCGGCAACCCGCAGAACUUCUUCAGCAUCAACCCGCGCACCGGUCUGAUUACCACAACCUCUCGGAAACUGGAUCGUGAACAACAGGCUGAGCACGUACUGGAGGUGACUGUAUCAGAUGGCGGUCCUUCUCCCAGACACACCACAGUAUGGGUGGUGAUCCAGGUGUUGGAUGUUAACGAUAACAAACCAACAUUUCCAGAGAAGGUGUACCAGGUCCGUUUACCCGAGCGCACCCGUAAACAGCGAGGCGCUCCUAUUUAUCGGGUGUUCGCCUACGACCAAGACCAGGGCGCCAACGCUGAACUCUCCUACAGCAUCGUCGAUGGCAACGAGGAUGGGAAGUUCGUAAUCGAUGCCAAAACCGGUGUGGUUUCAUCACCCAAGAAACAGUUCACAGCUGGAACCUAUGAUAUUCUUACCGUGAAGGCAGUGGAUAAUGGACGUCCUCAGCGCUGGGCGACGGCUCGUUUGCACAUCGAGUGGAUCCGCCGUCCUCCGGCCAGCCCUGUUCCUCUCGCCUUCGACGAGCAGCUUUACAAUUUCACCAUCAUGGAAACUGACAAAGUGGCGGACAUCGUAGGCGUGGUCUCCGCCCAACAGCAAGGCUCCGCCUCCUUAUGGUUUGACAUCACAGGUCCACGCUCUUUCCGUGAGAUGUUCUAUAUACAACAGACCGCUUGCGGCAGGAACUGUUCUACAGAAGGCGGUGAUGUGGACAGUAUGUUUGACGUUGAGAAAGGUGUCGGCACUAUCGUCAUCGCUAAACCUCUGGACGCAGAGCAGCGAUCGUUUUACAACCUCACGGUGGAGGUUACAGAUGGGACUAAUAUAGCGUACACUCAGGUCCACAUUACUGUUCUGGACAACAACGACAACGCCCCCGUUUUUUCCCAGCCCACCUAUGACAUCACAAUCACAGAAGACACGCCCCCGGAUACUGAGGUGGUUCAGGUGUUGGCGUCUGACCGUGACGAGCGUCACCGUUUGACCUUUAGCCUUCAGAGCAGCGUUGACCCCAGCAGCAUGCGGCUCUUUCGCAUCGACCCUAACAAUGGAAUCAUCUACACGGCUCGCAGACUGGACCACGAGAGCCGAACUCAGCACAUCCUCACAAUCAUGGUGAAGGAUCAAGAGUUCCCGUACAGACGUAGCCUUGCUCGUGUCCUGAUCGGUGUAGAGGAUGUGAAUGACCACGCCCCUCUUUUCACCAUGGUGAUGUAUGAUGGACAGGUGUAUGAAUCAGCGGCACUGGGAUCAGCUGUUCUCACAGUGACUGCACUCGAUAAGGACAAGGGCCAAAAUGCACAAAUCAGUUACAGCAUCGACUCAGGAAACACAGGAAACACUUUCCGGAUUGAUCCUGUUUUGGGCAUCAUCUCAUUGGCUCGGGAGCUGGACCUGUCCAACAUUGGUCACUACGUCUUGUCUGUUAAAGCAACGGAUAACGGUUCUCCAGCAUUGUCUUCAACAGCUGUCGUCCGAAUUGCAGUCACCUUGUCCGAUAAUGCUGGUCCCAAGUUUCCCCAAAGUGAAUAUCAGGCAGAUAUAUCAGAAGGUGUUGCCAUUGGAACUUCAGUCAUCACAGUGAACGCUCUAAGUCUGUCCACCCUUACCUAUGACAUUCGCCACGGCAAUGGUCAUCGGACAUUCCUCAUCAACCAGUACAGUGGAGUGAUCACUACGCAGAAAACACUAGACUUUGAAGCUGUUUCCUCCUACGUGCUAAUAGUCACCGCAAGCAACAUGGCUGGACAGGCCUCAAAUGCUACAAUAACUGUUACAGUUCUCGACCAAAAUGACAAUACACCGGUGUUCAAACAGCUACAGUACCAUGGAAGUAUCAGUGAAGGUGCCGGGCUUAACAGUGUUGUGCAAAGUGACAAUGGACAACCGCUAGUCAUACGAGCAAGUGACGCUGACCGCAACCAUAAUGCCCUGUUGGUGUACCAGAUAAUGGAAGAAUCUGCCAGGCGCUUCUUUGCAGUAGAUGCCGGUACUGGCUCAAUAAGAACAAUUGGUCAGCUUGACCAUGAAACCACACCUACAUUCCGUUUCCAUGUUAACGUCCGAGACAGUGGACAUCCACAGCUCUCAGCUGAGCAUCCUGCAGAAGUCACCAUUGAGGUGCAAGAUGUCAACGACUGCCCGCCUAAGUUUUCUCAGGCAUCCUAUGAAGCUGUCCUUUUGCUCCCAACUUAUGAAGGUGUGGAAGCCCUACAAGUUUUUGCUACCGAUCCCGAUGGUAAUGGCCAGUCAGAGCUUACCUACUCAUUGACCGAUGGCAGCAUAGAACAUUUCAGCAUUGAGCCAAGCACUGGACUGUUGACUGUAAGAAACAGUACUUUUAGCAAAGAACGAUUUCGAUUUAACAUCCGUGUUUCAGACGGACGCUUCUCCAGUACCGCUCUGGUUACUGUCCUGGUUCAUGAGGCUCUGGACAGUGGCCUGGCUUUUACUCAUAAUACCUACAAUGCCAACAUUGAGGAAAACAAUGGUAACAUAACAACAGUUGCUGUCGUUACAGCACUAGGGAACAAGUUGAAUGAACCCCUGCGUUAUACUUUGUUAAAUGCAGGUGGGAAAUUUCGUAUUAGGCCAACGUCCGGUGCCAUUGAAACUGUUGGAGUCCCUUUGGACAGGGAGGAGGAGGAGGAAUAUGGACUUUUGGUACAAGCAGGCCGUGAGGAAGAUCGGCUCCGUGUUGCAAGAGCAUUGGUCCGAGUUCAAGUCAGCGAUGUCAAUGACAAUUCUCCAGUUUUUGUUGGAUUGCCAUACUAUGCUGCUGUGCAAGUGGAAGCAGAGCCUGGGACAGCAAUAUUUCGAGUGACAGCAGUGGACCGGGACAAAGGGCAAAAUGGAGAGGUGAACUACUUUCUGCAGGAUGAACUGGGACAUUUUGAAAUGGACCGUUUGAGCGGCGAGCUUCGCUUACGGAGAGCUUUUGAGGCUGAUCUCUCUAGUGUGGAAUAUCAGGUUCUGGUGUUCGCCCGUGACAUGGGAACACCACCUCUUUCCUCUUCAGUCACCUUUCCCGUCACAGUGGUAAACAGAGCAAUGCCAGUGUUCGACCGACCAUUCUACUCAGUGAAAGUGAGCGAAGACGUACCAAUAUGGACUCCAAUUCUGGGAAUAAACGCCAGCAGCCCUGAAGGCCAGAGUGUCCUUUACACAAUCACGCACGGUGACCCAGGAACACUGUUCUCCAUUGGAUUUGACACUGGUGUCAUCAGUGUCAUCGCUGCCCUCGACUAUGAGACUAGCCCUUCCCACAGACUCAUCAUCAGAGCAACGGACUGCCUCACAGGCGCUCGUGCAGAAGUGGAUGUUGAAGUUACUGUUUUGGAUGUCAACGACAACCCUCCAGUCUUCGAGCAGCCCUCAUACAAAACUGUAAUUUCUGAAUCUGCCAUGAUUGGCACUGCAGCUUUGCAAGUUCUCGCAACGGACAGCGACUCUGAGAAAAAUGCAGCUGUCCGGUACCAAAUCAUUCCAGACCGCACCAACAGCACCGACCACUUCCACAUCGACAGCAGCAGUGGUCUAAUUCUGACAGCUCGCUCCUUGGACCAUGAGACCAUCCAGCGCUAUGUGUUUCUUGUCAAGGCAGCAGAUAAUGGCUUUCCCCCACUGAGCAGCGAAGUGUGGGUCACAGUCGAUGUCACGGACACAAAUGACAAUGCUCCAGUAUUUAACCAACUGCUCUAUGAAGCCUCUAUCAAUGAGUUGGCACCAAAAGGCCACUUUGUUACAUGCAUCCAGGCCUCUGAUGCAGACCGUUCAGAUGCAGAACGCUUGAAGUAUGGCCUGGUGUCUGGAAAUGAAAGGAUGCUGUUUGAGCUUGAUGCCGCCUCCGGUGUCCUCACCCUGAGUGGCCAGCGACGCAUGCAGCGCGUGCCUUCCACCAUCACCCUAAAUGUAAGCGUUUCCGAUGGAGUGUUUACCAGUACGGCACAAGUGCACAUUCGGGUAGAGCGAGCUAAUCUACAUGCCCCCCAGUUCACCCAGGGCAUGUACGAGGCCGAUUUACAGGAGAACGCACCAGUGGGAUCAAAGGUCAUUGCAAUCAGGGCACAAGAUGCUGAUCCUGGACCGUUUGGGGAUGUGAGGUAUGUGCUGCUCUCAGAUUCCGCUCGGGACUUGUUCAGUAUUGAUGGCAAUGGACAAAUUAAGACUCUUGAACGUCUAGACCGGGAAGAACGAAGUGAGAUGGUGCUGUCCAUUGCGGCUGUGGAUGCUGGUGGCCGAUCUGGAUAUUGCAGUGUCCGGGUUACCAUACUAGACGAGAACGACAAUGCUCCACAGUUUGGCGCCUCGGAGUACCAUGCAAGCAUGCGGUCCGAGGUUGAACCUGGUACCCUUGUGACGCAAGUACAAGCCUGGGAUCUAGAUCAAGGUGCCAAUGGACAGGUGAGCUACAGUCUGUACAGCGAAGCCAGCAUGCAAGUUACUGAACUUCUGGACAUUGACCCGGACAGUGGCUGGGUUGUCACCAAAGGCAAUUUCUCCCCUUUGCGUGGGUCUGAACUGUCCUUUUUCGUUAAAGCCUCUGAUGGCGGGGUACCUGUUAGGCAUUCCCUUGUGUCAGUCUACAUACAUGUUUUGUCUGCCAAUGCCCACAUACCUUCCUUCAGCCAGCCACAGUUCUCCUUUACCGUGCCAGAGGACAUGCCCAUUGGUUCCUUGUUGGGAGCAGUGCAUCUACACACCUCAACUAGCCACUCGUCCUUACCAGUAAGCUUCUCAGCGGUGAUCGGACAGACUCCAGAGAGUAACAGUGAUGGAGUGUUUGUGGUUGACAAAGAAACUGGCAUGAUCAAACUAGACAAAGCACUGGACCGAGAGUGGACACCGGCCUAUCAUUUCAAAGUGAUGGCAAUGUUGCAGCAGGGACGUUUGGAUGCAGUUUCGGCUGUGGAUGUGGAGGUCAAAGUACAAGAUGUCAAUGACAACAAACCAGCAUUUGAGUCAGAUAACUACGAGGCAUCAGUCACUGAGGGUCUUUCUCCUGGGACUAGGAUUCUGCAAGUACUAGCUUUGGAUCCUGAUUGGGCAGCUAAUGGUCAGGUGACUUACAGUCUUGCUCCACCUGGGUUGCUUGGUGGCUCUGGCGGUGAGAACAUUGAAGAACACGGAGCCUACUUUACAAUUGACAGCAGCUCUGGUUGGAUAUCAACACUGAAAGGGCUGGACCAUGAACAGAGCCCUGCCCAUAGUUUUACAGUCUGGGCAUUUGACCUUGGAGAUCCUGCCAGCCAGUCAUCCUCAACAACUAUAACUAUAGCAGUGAGCGACUCCAAUGACAACAUACCGCAGUUUCUUCAGCCCCGUUACUACGGAAGUGUUCGUGAGAGUGAUGCACCUGGUGAAGUGGUGGCAGUAUUGAACACACGGGACAACGACAGCUCACCUGGAAACCGACAAGUCACCUAUCAUAUUACAGGUGGUAACAGAGGAGGGGUGUUUGCUCUGGGGUUGGUUCAGGGAGAGUGGAAACUGUACGUUAAACGACCAUUAGACCGCGAGGAACAAGAACGGUACCUCAUCAAUGUCACAGCGACAGACGGACUCCACGUUUCCACGGCAACCGUAGAGGUCAUGGUCAUCGACACCAACGACAACAGCCCCGUCUGUGACCCGGCCGUGUACUCGGUGUCCGUGUCUGAAGACGUCGCCAUAAAUAAGCAAAUCCUCCGGGUCAAAGCUACAGACGCUGACGCGGGUGCAAACGCGCAGAUCCAGUUCUCCCUGUUCGGUUCUGGAGCAGAAGACUUCAUCAUACACCCACACACAGGCGAGCUGAAGACAGCCGCGGCGCUGGACCGUGAAAAGGUCGCGCAGUACUCUCUGGUUGCCCGUGCGACGGACGGCGGCGGUUUGUGGUGUGAGGCUGAGGUUGUGGUGGUUCUCUUGGACGUGAAUGACAGUCCGCCGAUGUUUAGCAUGCCCCAUUACACCGCUAGCGUCUACGAGAACACCGCCACUAAAGCUCUGCUGACCCGAAUACAAGCCAUAGACCCUGAUCUGGGUGUUAAUCGUAAAGUGGUCUAUUCCCUUAUUGAUUCGGCUGAUGGGUUCUUCUCCAUUGAUAAAUCAUCCGGGAUUGUUGUUUUGGAGCGUCUGCUGGACCGCGAGGUUCAGUCCUCAUACCAUAUAACGGUCCGUGCGUCAGAUCAAGGUGUUCCCGUUCGCCUCUCUUCCCUUGUGAACAUAACGAUCACAGUUUUAGACAUUAAUGACAAUCCGCCCGUAUUUGAGAGGAGGGACUAUCUGGCCACGCUUCCUGAAGAUGUGGCAGUGGGUACGGAAGUGGUACAGGUUUACGCUGCAAGUAAAGACAUUGGCACCAACGCUGAUAUUUACUACAACAUCCGAUCCGGAAACCAACAGGGCCAUUUCACCAUUAACAUCAACACAGGGUCCAUCUCCGUAUCUCGACCGCUGGACUUUGAGUCCUGUAAGGAUUAUUUCCUUACGGUGGAAGCAACUGAUGGCGGGACUCAGCCCCUUAGUGCUGUUACCAUGGUGAACAUCAACCUGACAGACGUCAAUGACAAUGCCCCCAUGUUCAGCCGCGACGCCUACAGCUUGUCCAUCAGCGAGGACGCUAACAUAGGAGACACCGUGGUCAAGGUGACCGCGGAAGACGUCGACAGCCAAGCAAACGGCGACAUCCUGUAUUCCAUCAUCAGCGGCGACCGAGAGAACCAGUUCUUCAUCGAGCCAAUCACGGGCCAGAUCAAAGUCAACAAGCAGCUGGAUCGAGAAACGAUGGCUGGUUACUCGUUGUUCGUCAGAGCUCUUGACAGCGGGACGCCUGCGAUGUCCUCAACCGUUCAGGUCAACAUCGACAUCUCUGACGUCAACGACAACCCGCCCUCCUUCACUCCAGCCAAUCACACUGCUGUUAUACAGGAAAACAAGCCUUUGGGAACAAGUGUCCUACAGCUGUCCGUCAUCGAUAAGGACGCCAGCCACAACGGGCCGCCUUUUCAUUUCCACAUCCUAUCAGGAAAUGAGGGGGCGUGGUUUAAACUGGAUAGAGAGGGGCUGCUGACAUCUAACAAGGUGUUUCGUAGGUCCGAGGGCACAGAUUAUGUCAUUCACGUACAGGCCAGUGAUUCGGGCAGGCCGCCCCUGUCGUCGAUGGCGACCGUGUUGGUGCGUGUGAUAGAGGAGAGUGUACACAAGCCAGUGGCAUCACCUUUACAUGUGCACAUCGUAACCAUGGAGGACGAGUUUCCAGGAGGUGUGAUCGGUCAGAUCCACGCCACGGACCAGGAUGCCUUUGAUAUACUUACCUACGGACACACACACCAGCAGAGCAGCCUGUUCAAGGUGAGUCCUCGAGACGGUCGCAUCAUCGCUCUGAGCGGCUUGGACGCGGGCCGCUACAGCUUCAACGCUACAGUAACAGACGGCCGCUUCACUGUGAACGUGCCGGUGAGCGUGCAUGUAGAGCAGGCCUCGGCCGAGAUGCUCCACGAUGCCGUGACCAUCCGUUUCGACCGCGUCUCCCCUCUCGACUUCGUGUCCCGUCACCUCCCAUCGAUCAGACGCGUCCUGUCCAGCGUGAUGGCGACGCCGCGGCCCGACGCUCUGCACGUGCUCAGUGUGCAGCCGGUGGAGUCCACGGGGCAGCUGGAUCUGCUGGUUGCCGUGGAGACGACGGAAGGCGGCGGGUUCUACAAGGCGGCGCUGGUGACGCAGAAGCUGAGUUCGGCGCGCCGGCAGCUGGACCAGGUUCUGAGAGUCUCAGCUGUGCUGGAUAAGAACUGCUCGGGUCUGGACUGCAGGGAGGCCCAGUGUGAACAAACCAUCACGCUGGACUCGCACAGUCUGCUCACAUACAGCUCCACCAAAACCAGCUUCGUGUCGCCCAAGUUCCACAGGAACACGCGAUGCGUUUGCAGCGACGGGAGUUGUUCUGCUGCGUCGGAGGUGUGUGCGGAUAUGAGAUGUCCCGGUGACAUGCAGUGUGUGGGAACGGACAGCAGCAGGGGGCCAUACACGUGCCAGUGUCCGCAGGGCAAACUGGGAGAGUGUGCAGUGACGGAUGGAGAGAGGAGCGGAGAGAUGAAGUUAGCGCUCCGCAUCAGAACGCUGCAGAGCAAGGGAAUCAUUAUGUUCACACGUACAGAUCCGUGCAGCGUGCUGAAGAUCGAAGAGGGAAAGCUGUGGUUCCAGUUGGAUUGCGGCAACAGUCCCAGGAGCAUCGGGAUCUCCGGCCGUCCGGUCAACGACGGGAACUGGCAUCACGUGGUCCUGGAGCUGCGAGGAAACUACAGCAGCCUUUCGCUAGACGACAUGUACGUGGAGCGGCGACUGGCCACGACCAAAUACCGACCUCUGGGAGCAGAUUUGUCCAUUUAUUUCGGAGCGCAGGUGUCGCCUCCGGACGCCCGUAGCUUGACGGAAAGAAAGGGUCUGCGGGUCACCAACGGCUUUCAGGGCUGUUUAGACUCGGUGGUUCUGAACGACAACGAACUCCCGCUGCAGAACAAACGCAGCCCGUACGCGGAGGUGGUGGGACUGACGGAUCUCAAGCUGGGAUGCGUUCUCUAUCCGGACGCGUGUGCCGCUCAGCCCUGCCUCAACGGCGCCACCUGCGUCAGCCUGCCGUCUGGAGGUUAUUCGUGCCGUUGCAGCGCUCUGUACACCGGAGGACGCUGUGAGACCGAGAUCAGCGUCUGUAUGCCAAACCCGUGUCAGAACGGCGGCGUGUGUAAACCCAUCGGGAACGCUUUCAUCUGCAGCUGCAAGAGAGGAUACACCGGCGUAACUUGUGAAGAGGACGUGAACGAGUGUGAACGCGAGCUGUGCGAGAACGGCGGCGUGUGCGUCAACACUUUCGGAUCGUUCUACUGUAACUGCACGCCGGGUUUCGUGGGCAGUGCUUGCUCCGUUCGUCCCGUGCUUGUUCCGGAUAUGCAGGCUGGCCACGCCUACGUCGGGAAGGAGGAGCUUAUCGGAAUCGCCGUCGUGCUCUUCCUCAUCCUCACCCUCAUCCUCCUAUUCAUCGCCUUUCGGAAGAAGGUCUUCCAGAAGAGCUAUUCCCGGAAUAACCUUUCCAUGGUUCAGGAUCCGGCUACGGCCGCCCUGCUGCAUAAAGCCAACGGUGGGCACUAUCCGCCGCUACGCUGCGCCAUCGGAGAGCCAAUCAGCUUGUACACGGAAGGAAGUCUGUCCGGUCCGCCUCAGGUUCCCGUCCGGCCGAUGGCGUACACGCCGUGUUUUCCCGGAGAUGCUCGGGGAACCCUGGAUAAACGGCCAGGGGACGGCCGAGGCCCGGAGCUGACGGAAAUGAGCACGUUCCAUCCGUCGGAGUCGCCGCGGAUUCUGGGCGGGACCAACCGGAGGGGCGUGGUCGUGUGCAGCGUGGCGCCGAAUUUGCCGCCCGUUUCACCGUGCCGGUCUGACUGUGAUUCCCUACGGAAGAGUCCCUGGGAAGAGGAGGGUGAGAGAGAGAUCUGUAAUAUCUAUGUUGUGUUUGUGUGCGUAUCAGAGUAUGUAAGCGGAUUGCAGUGA